UAUCCACUGCUUUACGGCCGUGUUUUGGUCUGCCGUAAAGAAGGACGCACGGAUUGGGAGAAGGUUAAAGUGACUUUAAUCGAACACGCACCAUGCCGUUCAUAGACCUCCAGUCUCGGCUGGGCCUAAACAUGGACCAGUGGAUCUUGCAGCAGAGUGGACCUCAGCCAAACAAACGCGCCGCACGUUGCCAUGCCUUUGAGAAGGAGUGGAUCGAAUGUGCUCACGGCAUCGGACAGACGCGCGCCAAGAAGGAGUGUCAGCUCGAGUUUGAAGACUUCUACGAGUGCAUGCACAGGCAAAAGACGCAACAAAGGCUGAACACAAUCCGUCAGCAGCGAGACAAGAUGAUCAAGGAAGGCACCUACAAGCCUCCUCCAUGCCACACAGGAGAGGGCCAGUAACUCUUCAACCCGUGUACAUUUGUAUAGUAAAUAAUGAUUCACUGUCAUCACUUUCCAUUGCAAAUAAAUGUCCUAUCUCUCCAA